GGUGGAGCUUCAGUGAGGAUAGGAUGGAUGAAACCUUUAGCUUCUGUUACCUUGCCGAGCCACCGGUGGAGCUUCAGUGAGGAUAGGAUGGAUGAAACCUUUAGCUUCUGUUACCUUUAGCUUCCUUCAUCUUCUGAGUCUCUUUGUAAAUGACAGGAACAAACGUGGAAGAGGCUCUAUUGGUCCUAGGAUGGAUGAAACUGCCCUUAUCUUCCCACCGAGAAGGUUGAUCAAUUGCAAAGUUCUGAUACAAGGGAAAGGAAGGUAGUCUUGCUGCAACUUGGACUCUAGCUAAUCUAUAUUAUCUUGCAUGUUAGAAACCUCUUAUAAGGGUUUAUAAAACCAUUUAUAAGAACUUACAAAUCAUUUAUAAGGUUUUAUAAAUAUAUUUAUAAAAGUUUAUGAAUCUGUAUAUAAGGGUCUAUAAAAAUAUUAUAAGAGUUUAAUAUUCUUCAUACCACAAUAUAUAAGAGUUAAUAAAUCUUUUUCAAGAGUUUAUAAAUCUUUUAUAAGAGUUUAUAAAUCUUUACAAAACUUUAGAAGUAAAUAUUCAUAAAGCUAUUAUAAUUGUCUAUAAUUCUAUUAUAAAUGUUUGUAAAUUAUUUAUAAGAAAUAAAAGAUUAUAAUGGUUUAUAAAACAAUUAAUAAGACUUUAUAAUAGUUUAUAAAAUCAGUCUAUAAGGCUUUCUAAAUAAAUUAUUAAAGUAUAAUUCAUUAUUAAGAAUUUAUAAAAUCAGUCUAUAUGGCUUUAUAAGGAUUAUAAAUAAUUUAUAAAUGUUCCUAUAAAUGAUUUAUAAACCUUUAUAAAAUCACUUAUAAGAAUAUACCAAAUAUUUAUAAGGUUUUAUAAAAUCAUUUAUAAAUAUUUAGAAAGGUAAUUCAUUUAUAAAGUCUUAAAAAUCAUUUAUAUGAAAAUAUAUAAACUUUUUAUAAGGGUCUAUAAAUCAUUUAUAAGAUUUAUUUAAAAUUAUAUAAUUAGAAAUUUUAUUUUCUUGGAACAAAAGACUGUCAUGGAAGAUCAGAUCCAAUUAAAGAAAUGCAGUAAUGAAUCGUUGAAAUUGUACUUGUUGAUUGAUGUUUUGGUUUUGUUUUUUGCCUUAGCUCCAGUGGAUGGAGGAGCCAACUCUGGUUGUCACUCGAUUCGAGUAUGCAAGUAUGUUCCAUACCGUGACAGAUUGGUACAGCGCUUAUGUUUCCUCUAGAGUCACUGGUUCGCCUAAUCGUCCACACGUUGUUUUCAUCCAUGGACACUGCACGGUACACUCCUCUUCUUUUUAGUUACUUUUUGUUAGAUGAAUCUAGUAGGAGUUUUCAUGUCCAUGUUGUGAAACAUUUUAUUGCAGACACAGCUGGAAGAAACAUGGACGGGUUUGUUUUCAGGGAUCAGAUACGCAAAGAACUUCACCAAACCGGUUUGUUUCCGCCACACCAUUCUUUCACCGUUGGGAUACGAGAUCGCGCUUUUCAAUGGCUUGUUCGGAGAGAUUGACUGCAACGAAGAAUCACCUCACAGUUUGUGGCUAGACCCUGACAACACAAAAACCGCGAGGCUCUCAAAGGUGGUUUCAUUGCUCAAAUGCCUACGCUAGUAGCAGAUUUUCCGGUUAUGGAUGCUUCUAUGAGCUUAUCGAUGGAUGCUAUAAUAAAUAGGUUAGGCAUCCAAAUCGGCCGUAGUCAUUAGAUGAAAGCUAUUUACAUGGAGAUGCAUUACUAUUUAUAAGCAUUUAUAUAUAAUUUAAUGGUUUCUUUUGAAUUUAAAUAAUUUUAUAAGGUUUUAUAAGUUAUUUAUAAUAUUAUAUUAACUGUUUAUAAGACUAUAUAAACUAUUUAUAAACCUUUAAAGUGAUAUAUAAACAUCUUAUAUAAACUAUUUAUAAUGAUUUAUAAACCAUUACAAAUGAUUUUUAUUAUCUUAUAAACAAUUCAUAAACCCUUAUAGUAAUGCGUAAACCCUUAUAAAUGAUUUUAAAUGGUUUAUGAAUUUUUAUAAAUAAUAUAAACCCUUAUAAAUGAUAUAUAUACCUCUUAGAAAGGAUAUAUAAAUCAUUAUAAAUAACUUAGAAACCAUUACAAAUGAUCUAUAAAUCCUUAGAUUAUUUAUAAACCUUUAUAAAUUAUAUAUAAUUCCUUAUAAAUAAUAUAUAAACCAUUAUAACUAAUAUAUAAACAUUUUCUAAACCAUUAUAACUAAUAUAUAAACAUUUUAUAAAGGUUUAUAAAACUAUUUAAAAUGGUUUAUAAAACUAUUUACAAGAACUUUUAAGCUAUUUAUAAGAGUUUAUACAUUUAUUUAAAAGUGUUUAUAAAUUAAUCUACAAGGUUAUAUAUCUAUUUAUAAGAAUUUAUAAAUCUAUGUAUACAAGUUGUGGAAUCUUUCUAUUCUGUACAAGUUGCAUUGCUGCGAUGAUGAUUUGUCCUGUGCCAAGUUCUCGCUCUUCUUCUUAUGCUUCUUUUUCCUGUGGAAGAAAUCCUCUGUGUCCAAAACAUACGAAAUCUACAAGAGAUGUUAUGAAUACAUAAGAGCUAGAUGAAGCAACCAGCCCUUAUAUAUAUAUAUGUGUAUAUUGGUUCUUCUAGUUCAAGAUUAUCAAAACAUGAAACCUCAUACCAGUUUGGUUUAAGAAUAGAUUCGCUGUUUACCUUGUAGGAAGAGCAAGACAUCUUGCACCCAAGGCCAUUAAUUACUUCUACACCUUCCAUUGCCUUGCAGACUGCUGCAAGAUCAUCCAGACCAGAGUAUAUAUAAACCAUUAUAAAUAACUUAGAAACCAUUACAAAUAAUCUAUAAAUCUGCAGAAUUAUUCAUAACUUGUAACUGACAAAAAUUCUCUCUUUCCCGAGAAAAUUUUAAUUUUCUUUCUCCUCUGAGAAGAACUGAAGAGCGAGAAAUGAGUAAGCUGAUGGACUAUUAUCUUCUCUAUACAGUGCUUCUUCUUCUUCUUGGAUCAGUUUCUCUGUCUAACGCAAGGCCACAGGCUAGUCGAUGUAAGUUUCCCAAGAAUUUUCCCGGAAAAUCUUUGCUUAUGCUUGAAAGAUUCUUGUAGAUAGCGAUGAUCGAUAGUUUGCAUCUUACGUUUGAAGAUCCUAUUUUCAUGCGAUUCGUGACGAACGUGACCGAUUUAGAGUCGGAGGAUUACUACGACUACAUAAUCGUCGGCGGAGGAACGGCGGGAUGUCCACUCGCCGCCACGCUCUCCCAAUCCUUCCGCGUCCUUCUCCUCGAGCGCGGCAGCGUUCCGUACACCAGACCUAACGUGAUGACACACGACGGUUUCUUGACGACUCUCACAGACGUCAACAGCUUCGACUCUCCGAAGCAGUGCGAUCAACGCUGGGUUCUACAGCAGAGCUGAUAGACAGUUCUUUAAGAACUCAGGUCUCGAUUGGGAUCUGACGAGUGUGAAUCCUAUCCGAUAUCUCCGGCGAGAGACACCUCUGUGUCUGUUGUGGAGGAGAAGAAGAGUAAUUUAAGUUUAAUUAUUCAAAGGGUACAAUGGUAUUUUGACCAUUAAAAAUCUGGUGGUAUAUUUGGUUAGUGUAUAAGUGAAAAGUGGUAUUAGUGGCAAUUCCCCUUAAAUCUAAAAUAUAAUUAAUAUAAUUUUAUAAGUAUAUAAAUCUAUUUGGAUACCCAAAAUACUUCGGUUCGGAUCGAAUUAGAUUUUAGUUCUUCAAAUACCAUAAUUUUGAAUAAUUCGGAUAUUUAUUCACUUCUGGUUCGGAUUUGGUACUACUUAUUCGGAUUGGGAUCAGUUCGAUUUUUCGAAUUCGAGUUUUUUGCCCAAUCCUAUAUAGUGAUAUAAAAAACAAAUAGCAUCAUAUUUAUAAGAAAUACAUCCGCUCGGGUGCACAGAUCAAAAUCUAGUUGGAUUUAAAUCUUUUGAGGUUGUAAUUUUGUAUUCCGAGGCACUUUAUACCAAAACCUAGACCGAAUAUACACCGAAUAAAAACGCUAUAAAGUUUGAUCUUCUCAAAUCUCAAACCGGGUCACCAUCAUCGGGUUCCCGCUCUGUUUCCACACCAAUUCUUCUUCACAAUCUACAGAGUCGAUCCCUUGAAAAGACCGACCCCGCGAGCACUCGUUGUAGCUGCGAGUCUAAUCGGAAGAGCUCCUGAUAAAUGGAGAACGCCACACUCAUCACAAUUUCAGACCUAGUCAACGAAGGCCGUCCCAUCACCGGCGCAUCCUCCCUAUUCUAUUCAUCGUCUCCUCACCCUCAAUCAAGCCGUAAAUUUCUCGCACCGUUGAACUACCCGGCGGUCAUCGUCGGGACGCUAGCUCUCCCUUCCGAAACCCUAAAAUGUCCGAAUCGCUACUGCUUUCGGUUCACAGACGGCGUCUCGACGAUCUGCUGCGAUAUCAUCGGUUUCGAAAUUCGCGCGAUUGGGAGUACCAUACGUGUUCUCUCUUGGAAUUUCAUUCCUACGAAUCAUCACGGUGGGGGGUUUUUGGAGAUUAUCAAGUGGAGAUUCGUGGAGGAGAUGCUUUCUCGGUGUUCGUUUCCAUUGGUUCCUCCUCCUCCUCGGAGCUCAGUAGAGAAUGGUGGUGGUAAGUCACGGUAUAGCGUCCGUGGUGUGUUGGAGUCUGUUAGCCCUGUGUCUCUUGUUCCUUUGGGUUCUGAUGAUUCCGUAAACGUUCCUGUGAAGGGGUUUUUAGUUAAGGUAAUGGCUUGUGAGUGUAAAGAAUGUAGACGGAAGGAUGUGUUGGAUUCGGUUGACUCUAGUCACUGUUUUGACAAGGCAGUCUUCGUUUACUUCUGUGGUUCAGUUGCUGCGAGUUGGCACCCUGCUAUUGUGAAGCUAGUUGGAAGAAACAUUGCUCUAUCGGCGAUGAAGAAGAAGUUGGUAUAUAUAAGCAAAUGUGAUUCUCUGUUGGUGUUUGUGACCACUGAGAACUCUCUUCUUCAUUCACCUUGGAUUUCUAAGAAAGAUGAAUCUUUUAAAAGUGUUGUUGAUGGGCGAGGUAACUGCGGUUCCUACCUUGGAUUUGUCAACGGCUUGUACAUGAAAGGGAAGCUUGUUGAGCUGGAUGAAGAUGUCUGGCUUUUAUUGACGGAUCAGAUACAUAACAGAUCACACAGUAUCCGGACUGGUUCCCUUAUUUUUGUCAGAAAUGUUCAUUUUGUGAAUACCAGAUUUUCUUGGGGAAAAGUGCUUAUACUUGGGGCAUGUUGUAAGACCAGCAUCACAGUUGAGAAAUUUUCACCUUUUGAAACAAGUUGUCUUGUAGAUUCUUGUUUGCAGACAUCUCUUACUCGAUUCGUUGAGUCUUUGUCCUUUCCUGCAAGAUUUUGGACACUACUUGUUAGUUCAUGCUUCCAGAACUUUGGCCGAAUGCCAUCAGACAAGGAAAGCUUGAGAUCAUGCCAGGAGGAUGAACUGACAAAGAUGUAUGCAGAGUCACGAAUACCACCAUCCAUGUUUCAACCUAGGUGCGGGAUUUUUACUGAAUUCUGCAUGCAUGAAUCUUGCGGAUGCAAUAGUGAAGCUCGUGAUUGCAACCUAAAACUGGUCAUGCCUAUCUCAAGUUUUGUCCACCAUUACAAGGUCUUGCUGGAUGAAUUGCUUUCUCGGAUUAAGAAAGAUGACACCCAGUUUAUUGCUAGUAAUUGCUUAAUUCAGAAAAGAUACUGUCAUACAAAUGUGAAGAUUCUAAAAAGUGAAGAUAUUGGUGUUAUCUUGCUUGGAAGAUUGAAGGUUUCAGCUUCUGGAAUACUACAGUUGCAAGACAGAACUAGCAGCACUAAUGUUCUGAUGCCAGACUUUCUAAGUGAUAGAAAUUCGUGCAGGAUAUAUGAGGUUUCUGAUUACAAUCUCAUUAUGGAAAUACCUGAAUCAAUGCGCCACAUCCCGUUUCUUCAAAAGCCACUUCACUGUAAAAUUUUGCUUGAUCCCACUUCAAUGGAUAGCGACAACGCCUUGACAGUGCCAUUUUCUCUAUCGUUUGGUGCUGCAAGCUGUAGAACUGCUCUCGUAGAUCAGUCUAUUGACUGGAGGCAUGAUCUCAAUGAGUUCAAAGGGGGCAGGUUUCACGUAUUUAGGGUGACCCAUAAAUUUCCAAUUCUCAAAAAGGGUCUUCCAGGAAUGCCUGACUGCACCAGUGUUUUCAUCGAAGCUGUAAUCAUUCCAUGGGAACUCGUUUGCACUGUGACCGAAGAAGACGCAGCUGCUCCCCAAUUUGAUGAAAGCAAGGCCUCCCAAGAAGAACAUCCACGUAAGAGAUGUAAAACUAAUAAUUCAUUAGGGAAUGAAAGAGUAUUGUCUGUACCGCAUGAAAUUUCUUGCGACAUGACCGUUCGAUGUGCAAGCAGUCACUGGUCGGCCGUAGCAGCAACUCUGUCUAAUUUAAAGGAAAAGAAAAGUGGUAACAUGCGAAGUGUGAAGCGUGUGCUGUUAGAAUUCAUACCUAAAUGCAAAAACUAUAAUAUUGGCGGUUUCUAUUUGAUGAAGCAUGACAUUGACGAUUCUUUUUGUUUUGGACGGUCCAGCAUAUCUAACAAUGAUAAAAUCAAUAUCAGACCCGAAUCACGUUUAUGGAGUCUGGAAUUUUCUUUUGAUGAAGUUUCAACCCAGGAUGGAUCUAUGGAUGUAUAUCCUCUGGUGUCUUCUCAACCAUCUCCUGCGGUGGAAAAACGAGAUGUUUCUUGUCCACAACGUUUUUCAGAUGUUUCGCUUCUUCUCCCUUAUGAUGCAAAAGCUCUCUUCUCAGUAUAUCUUAAGGACUUGGACGAACUGAACAAGCCAGUCGCAGUUGAAAAGGAUGGAGAUAAUACUCAGGGAGAGGUUAUCAUGCAUGCAGAGCCGUCUCAACCACCUCUUUCCAACAGCUUGUUUCCUGAGGGAAACCUAGCGACUUUCACGGGUGAUGUAGUAGCAGUUGAGGCUGUUGACUCGAGUGUCAUCAGCAGCUAUUGCAUUCAUGUUCGAGUCGAUUAUCAAAUUGUGAAGAUUUUUGGUCCACUUAGAAGGCACUCAUACCUCACUGGAUUUGGCCCUGGGGUGAAUGCAACAUUCUACCGAAUUCUUGGAACUAGAGAGGAAAGCAGGUUUCUCUUGUCAUCAGCAUCUUUUGUCAAAAUAAACUCACGAAAGGCAUUGAAUGGUCCAGCUUUAGACAAACCGACUCAUCAAACUGCUAUUGGUCUACCUAAAAUUAGACCUCAAGAAUCCUCAGGACACAAGGAUAAUCUGCAAAUUAACUUUGUCUUCAAGGUUCUUUCAGUUCAUCUUCUGGUUCUCCAAGUGGAAUCUGAUGAUCCUUCAGAAAACAAAUGUGGGGAAAAUAUAGAUAUACCGCUUGCAGGAUUUGUGGUAGAUGACGGAUCAUCAACUUAUCUUUGCUGGACGAGUGGGGAAAGAGCAUUUACAUUUCUUAGGCUGCACGAAGAAUUGCCUGAAGACGCCAUUGAUGUGGACCAGUGGAUCAGAAGCGACAGCAGCCGGAGCACAACAGCUUACCAUCUUGAGAAAAUAGUUUGGGUUCACAAGAGAAUAGUGAUUAAGGUCAAUGGAUCACAAAAUGAUGCCCUUUUUCAAAACCUCACCAUUGAUGUUGCUUCACAACAACUUCUCGCCGAGUCUGAGGAUAAUUUCCUCAAGUGGUUGAUACUAAAUGCCACUAGCGGCCCCAUGUGGGUACGUUCGAGCUCCUUGAUUUCAUGGUCGAAGUUUCUCUCAGGUCGGAGAUUGUUUAUUUCCUCUCCUAUCUUCAUUAUUCUGGUUAACGCAGGAUGUUACGGCGAGCUCAAUGGACAUGACAAUGAUUCAGCAUGUGGAGAGAGAACAGUGUGUGGAGAUGGAAGCUUCAGGGCUUACACGUCGGAACGUUUGGGGCAAUGAAAUAUGUCAAGUGGAUACGUUGGUCCGAGCUUGGAGCUUACUCCAAGGUUUGCUAAUUACGUGAUCGUCAUUUUUUCAGGACAAUCAAUCUGCCCGAAAUUAAAUUCUUUUAGUUUAGUUUUUAUGGUUUAAUUCAUUUUAUUUUUUCAUUUAUAUACUAAUGUAAAUGAAAAGUAAAAACAAUGAAGAUGGUUGCAAGAAGAUUUAGGUGAUUGUUUU